AUGGCGACGUCAGUACGGCUGCUGGUCCGGAGGGCGAUCCGUCUGUCUUACAGAAAUACCAGCGUGUCUGCAGCCGGAGCUGCAGGUCGGUCGGCUUGCUGUUGGAAACCGUCGCCUUGUCGCUGUUUUAGCGAUGCAGCCGCAGAUAGAAGUACACAUUUUGGUUUCGAAACGGUGCCAGAGACAGAGAAGGCGAAGAGAGUAUACAAAGUCUUUGAGAAUGUGGCGCAGAAGUAUGACGUUAUGAACGAUGCCAUGAGUCUGGGGAUUCAUCGAGUGUGGAAGGACAUGCUGCUGCACGCCAUGCACCCGCAGCCCGGGGUGCGACUCCUGGAUGUGGCGGGCGGAACAGGUGACAUUGCCUUCCGCUUCCUGGAGUACGUUCGUUCUCAGCAAGAGCGGCACAGUCGGCGGGCGGCGCGGUCCAUGCAGACGCCGUCGUGGCAGGACAUUUCCAACAGUUACACCACAGAGGACGAGGACGUGCCGAAGGAAUCCAGGGCUGUGGUCUGUGACAUCAACAAGGAGAUGCUGAGAGUGGGCAAACAGAAAGCCGACAGCAUGGGCAUCAGUGCUGGUUUGUCGUGGGUGGUCGGGGAUGCAGAGGAGCUGCCCUUUGAUGACGACCAGUUUGAUAUUUAUACCAUCGCCUUUGGCAUUCGAAACGUGACUCGUAUCGAUCAGGCCCUGCAGGAGGCUCUGCGAGUACUGAAGCCUGGUGGAAGGUUCAUGUGCUUGGAGUUCAGUAAAGUGACAAAUCCUGUGUUGGCAAAGCUUUAUGACACAUACAGUUUCCAGAUGAUCCCAGUGUUGGGAGAAGUGAUUGCUGGAGACUGGAAGUCGUACCAGUAUCUGGUCGAAAGCAUCCGCAAGUUCCCGGACCAGGAGGAGUUUAAACGAAUGAUUGAGGACGCAGGUUUCUACUGUGUGCAGUACUACAACUUCACUGCCGGAGUUGUGGCUCUUCACUCUGGUUUCAAGCUGUGAAAUGCACCUUGUUUAAAAAAAGAAAAAGGACUUGGCUCUAUGCUUCAGGCUCUCCUGCCUGUAUGACAAACUGAUGUGACUACACAAUGACACAGAAUCAGGUCAGUGGAUAUGUAUGACUGUACCAUUUUCGGGUUGUUUAAACUGCACUGAAUACCAAUAUUAGUUUAAAGAAUGCCACACUAAAAACCAAAAUGUCACUGUGGCAUCAGUGUUAAGACAGCUGGCAAGAGAUUUAAACCAUUUGGGUCAAUUUUGAAUAUUUUUUUUGUAAUGUCUACAUUUUCAUUAAUAAAACUUUCAAGGUUGAUCUCAGUAUCUGAAUGGAUUAUUCUUAAAGCUACAGAGGUCUUAUCAAUACUAAUGAUCGUACAAUUAAAACAACUGCUAAAAUGUAGAAAGUGAAAAGUAAAAAUGUCAAUAUGGCAUGCAAAUAAUGGAAUGGAGGACACCACAACAUGACUUACUUGAAUAAAACUGUAUAUUUUACAGAUCUUUGUACACUUUUUAAUUACAAAACUGUAUGGUACUAAAGUUUUAAAAUCAGUUUUUUGGUCAGAGAAGAUUUAAUCGUCUUGUGUGCAAUUACCAUGUAUAUACAAAGUCUCAUGUUAGUGAUUUUUCUCAAAAUAAAAAGCAACCAAAUAACUCAAACGUUCAUACACUCUGAACAUAAGACAUGGCUUAAAGAUAAAUAUAUU